UCUUCUUUAAGCACCUUUUCUGACUUCAUAACCUCUUCCCUUAGUUCAUUCACGUGCAAGUACUUAACAAUCUUCCUUGUUGGAGAGUUUCAGUUUUGUCCAUUUGAAGUGAAAGUCGAUGAUGGCAACGUAACACAUCAUCCCCGAAAUGGUCCAGAAACAUUGUCUAUGCAAUACUAGUAUGGACAGUUAGGGUUUUCUGUAGAUUGGGAAUUUCUCACACCACAUCUCUUCCCACAUUUGCAAUUUACAACCAUGAACCUCACAUCCUUUCCAGCCACGGUGCUAGUGCCACUUGAAUAAGAUAUUGCGAUAGAAACGACUGAAGAAACGAGGAUGAGAGGAAGAAGGAGAGGCGAAGAAGGGAGAAAAAAGGUGUUCAGUGUGAAGGAAUGGCUGAAGGAGGAACGAAGAGAGAGUCAGACUGCUUUAAGAGCUAUUAUGGGAAUUUUAGUCAUUUCACGUGAUUUUCUCUCUUCUGAUCGAGUCCUCUUCCAUUUGACUAAUGGUUUUUCUCAUAAAAUGGGUAACAGAAUGACUAAGUAAUGUACCCAACAAAUAUAAAGGACCGAUGCCGGGUUUGAAGUAUAGGCAAAGUUGAAGAAUCCAACGUUGUUAUCGGAGCUACUUGACCUUUUGGCGGGAAUAAAUAAGGCUCCGCUUCCCCUGAUAUCCCCAAAUUUCACAGGAAAAGGAACCCUAGCUAGCAGUCUAUAGGGAGAGAGUGUCGAAACUUUUAAAAUCGGGGAAGAGGAAUGGGAAAAGACGAAGAGGAAAUGAGGGGAGAGAUAGAGGAGAGGCUGAUAAAGGAAGAAUACGAAAUAUGGAAAAAGAACACUCCGUUCCUCUACGAUCUGGUCAUUACCCAUGCCCUUGAGUGGCCCUCCCUUACCGUUGUGUGGUUACCCGACCGCGAGGAGCCUCCUGGCAAGGACUACUCCGUCCAGAAGAUGAUUCUCGGCACUCAAACCUCCGAAAACGAGCCCAACUACCUCAUGCUUGCGCAGGUCCAGCUACCACUUGAUGAUGCCGAGAACGAUGCUCGCCACUACGGCGACGAUCGUUCUGAUUUUGGCGGCUUCGGAGCUGCCACCGGCAAGGUCCAAAUAAUUCAGCAAAUCUAUCACGAUGGAGAAGUUAACAGGGCUCGUUAUAUGCCUCAAAACCCUUUUAUUAUUGCCACCAAGACUGUUAGUGCUGAAGUUUUUGUCUUUGACUACAGUAAGCACCCAUCCAAGCCCCCUCUUGACGGUGCUUGUACUCCUGAUUUGAGAUUGAGAGGCCACAGCACUGAAGGUUAUGGUUUGUCUUGGAGUAAGUUUAAACAAGGUCACUUGCUUAGCGGUUCUGAUGAUGCUCAAAUUUGCUUGUGGGAUAUCAAUUCCACUCCUAAGAACAAGGCCCUUGAAGCUAUGCAAAUUUUUAAGGUUCAUGAAGGUGUUGUAGAAGACGUUGCAUGGCACCUGAGGCAUGAAUACUUGUUUGGCUCUGUUGGGGAUGAUCAAUGCCUGCUUAUAUGGGAUCUCCGGACUCUAACAGUCACCAAGCCUGUCCAAUCGGUUGUUGCUCACCAGAUUGAGGUUAAUUGCUUAGCUUUUAAUCCUUUCAAUGAAUGGGUUGUUGCGACGGGAUCCACUGAUAAAACUGUGAGGUUGUUUGAUAUACGUAAAAUCAACACAGCGCUUCACGCGUUUGACUGUCACAAGGAGGAGGUUUUCCAAGUUGGGUGGAAUCCCAAAAAUGAAACCAUCUUAGCUUCUUGUUGCCUCGGUAGAAGGCUCAUGGUGUGGGAUCUUAGCAGGAUUGAUGAAGAACAGACGCCAGAGGAUGCCGAAGAUGGCCCUCCGGAGUUGCUUUUUAUUCAUGGUGGUCACACAAGUAAAAUAUCAGUUUUUUCAUGGAAUCCUUGUGAAGACUGGGUUAUUGCUAGUGUGGCUGAAGAUAACAUGCUUCAGAUAUGGCAAAUGACAGAGAAUAUCUACCAUGAUAAAGAUGACAUGCCCGGAGAUGAAUCCACCAAAGGAUCCUAGUGAGUGGGAUAAAAUGUCAAUUAUGAAAUGAAGGCCUUAGGAUUAUUCAUGUUCUCUCUCUCUCUCUCUCUCUCUCUCUCUCUCUCUCUCUCUCUCAUGUUUUUUGUUUUUGAAUUGGCCUCCAAAAUUUGUUGGCUCCCUCUUUGGCUGAGUGGAAGCCCAUCUUUGAACCGGAGGCAUAGUGACCCAUGCAUUAUGCAUAGUAUUUAUAUAUGUAAAACUUCGUUUUCGAUGUUGA